GCUGGUACAGUCAGUGUUAACACCUCACAUCGUCGCGGGCAAAAUAAAAAAGGUCAAUACCACGGCGACGUGACUCAUACAAGGCCCUGGUCUGGUCUGGGCGCCGGAGAGUUAAAUGGCGCUGGCCUAGACAGACUGUACACUACAGUGCUUCUCUUUUCCACUAUCAAUACUACUGUCCAUAUUUUUCGCCCUUGUCUGCACUUUCCAGGUAACGUUCAUCGGGAUCUUUGAUAACAACGCAUCACAAACACACCAUGAACUCCGCCGACAAAAUGCCGCACCGCUACGUCCAUGCCCUGAACGAGCUUGACGAUGUCAACAUCAGGCGCAUCCGGCCCCUCAUCCCGCCGCAGAUUCUGAUGGAGGAUCUGCCGCUGAGCGAGUCUGCCGCAAAGACGAUUGUCAAGGGCCGCCUUGAGUCGGAGGCCAUCAUCCAGGGCAAGGACGACCGCUUGCUUGUCGUGGUCGGGCCGUGCUCGAUCCACAACCCGACUGCCGCCUUAGAGUACGCCGACCUGCUGAAGGAGUACGCCGCCCAGGCCACCGACGACCUGUGCAUUGUCAUGCGCGUGUACUUUGAAAAGCCGCGUACGACAAUCGGCUGGAAGGGCCUGAUCAACGACCCCGACCUCAACAACGACUUUGCCAUCAACAAGGGCCUGCGCAAGGCGCGCACGCUUCUGCUGGAUAUUGCUGAGAAGGGGCUGCCGGCCGGCUGCGAACUGCUGGACACGAUUUCGCCGCAGUACAUUGGCGAUCUCAUCUCGUGGGGCGCCAUUGGCGCACGUACCACCGAGUCGCAGGUCCACCGUGAGCUGUCCUCGGGUAUGUCUGUGCCCAUCGGCUUCAAGAACGGCACCGAUGGCAAUGUCAAGGUCGCCAUCGAUGCGAUCAAAUCGGCCGAGUCUCACCACUGCUUCCUGUCUGUAACCAAGCAGGGUCUUAGUGCUAUUGUUGAGACAGAAGGCAACAAGCACUGCCACAUCAUCCUGCGUGGCGGCGCUGACGGGCCCAACUACGAUGAGAAGUAUGUCAAGGAGUAUGUUGCGCAGCUGCAGAAGGCCAAUGUCAAUGCACACUUGAUGAUUGAUUGCAGUCACGGCAACAGCUCCAAGGACUUCCACAAGCAGCCCAUCGUCGCCGACAGCAUCCGCGAGCAGCUGUCCAAUUCGGACACUGGUGGUUUCAUUUCUGGUGUCAUGAUUGAGAGCAAUCUGAUUGAGGGCAACCAGAGCAUUCCGGCCGAUGGCGAUCUGUCCAAGCUGGUCUACGGCAAGAGUAUCACCGAUGCCUGCGUCAAUUGGGAGGACACUGUCAAGAUCCUUGACGGCCUUCGUGAGGGAGUUCGUGCUCGCCGCCAGAGACAGGUUGGAUCUUCCAACUAAUCCUGCCACUUUAGUAGUACCUUUUCUAUUGUGUGAAGUCAACCAUAUUGCCUUACCAAUUC